UUCAAGUAUCAGUAAAACCUGAUCAGUCUGAAUCUGUUGCUGAUGAGAUGUCCCAUGCUUUAUCUAUUGAUGGUAUACAAACAUCAUUUGAUGCAUCUACUGUUCAAUGGAAUAUUGAAGUAUCUAAGAAUGAUUUAUUGUCAACUACUCCUUUAUCAGUUGUUCCAUCAGUUGUUCCUGCCACUUCAAUGGAAAAUGUACGACUAGAAGAUCAACAGGUCCACCAACCAUCACUUGAUCCUCAACUAGCAGUAAAAGUUUUUAGGGGACAGUUUGAACCAUUAUCAAAAUUGUUAUCAGUUUCUUCUAAUAGACUGGCAGUUGCUCCUGCUUUGUUUGGUCAAGGUCUCAUCACAUUUGAUUGUUAUAAGAAUGCUACUGAAGGAAGUAGCAAGACAGAGGAAGAGAAGAGUACAGGUCUAAUGAUAUCACUAAUGUCUACAAUCAGUACACAACCUGAAUUACUAACUGAACUGAUUAAUGUAUUAAACAGAAUAGAACCAUUUAAACUAAUAGCAACUAAACUAGUUGAAGCUUCUUAUCACUAACUUGCCUUUGAGUUUUAUUAUUAUUAUUAUU